CAUCACUUUUUAUCAAGCAGCUCCAAUCAUACGCAUAAAUAUACAGAUAUUUAUCUGAAACAAAAGCAGUCAAUACUCACAAAACAAAGCAAUAAGCCAAAAAAAAGACGAUGCACAACUUGAUAAAAAGUCGUGCCCUCUUUGAGAUUCUCAAGUCUCCAGUGCAAGAUCUAGACUUCUUAAAGAAAAGCCAAGGGGAAAAUGAAGGUAAUGCUGGCGAGCAGACCAGUGCAAGUACAGUGAAGCUAAAUGCCAACGCCCAAGAGUUUGUGCCACGUUUUAUAAGGGAAGAGUCGACCAAAGAUGAAGCUGAAGUCGGUUCGAAUGAAAUAAAGAAAACGUUUGAGGCUCUGGAUGAGCACAAGACAAAAACGAACUUAAUGUUGCCUUGGAAAGGAUUUCCUAAGAAAGCUGAAAAGUCUUCGCGCAGUGCCCAGGUGGUUUUAUUAAACGAUAUAGACUACAUGAUUCUGCCUUCCAUCAAGCGAACCAAAAAGUCCAAGGAUGAAAAGCUAAUUGCCGACAUGGUUCAACACUCCAAGCCCAAUGAAAAUCUUCCAACAACAUCUUCGAAUAUUCUUCCGGAUCACCCUACAGUAAAACAAAUGUAUGAUGCCCAGGAAAAGCGCCGUGAACACGAGAGAAAUGUAGCUGUGGAAGCCUUGAAGUUGGUUGAACAAAGGCGCAUGAGGGCUCCUUUAGUUUCCCCGACUCCAGCCAAUGAAAAUUUGAAUAAUGUCCAACCAGUUAUCAAUCUCUCGCGAUCUCCCAUUAAAUUUUCGCCGGAGGAAAGAAUAAGAGUGGAUCGUUUAAGGAUCGCGAAGAGGGAGCGUAUCGAGAGGGUCCUUCGCGAAAUGACAAAUGAGAAGCAGGAACAACUGGAUCAACUUGAGCCACAGCAAUUGCAGCAGCAGAAAAAGAUUCGAUAUGAACCCAUUGAACGCAAUCGUCAUAUAAGCAUUCAACGGGAAUCGGAAAAGGAGGAGCACAAAAUGACUAGUUAUGAUCCCAAUAACACCAAUCGUUAUAUCAGCAUCCCAAAGGCACCUGAAAAAAAGGAGGAGGUGGCUUUAGUCGUCAAAAAAAGGUAUAUACCCACCACCAAAGAAUGGGACGAGCAAUGUCGGGCCAAACAAAUGGCUAAGAUGGAGGCCGAAAAGCAGGACUCCAAUCCAUUACCAACUUCCAGUCAGGCUCUUUCGGUUAACCCAAAUGUGGUGAAGAUCACCUCUUCUGGGGUUAUCAGACUGGGGGAUCUCAGGGCCACUGUGAAACCUCGCUAUUGUCCACCUGAUGAAUUACUGGAAACGGAGAAACGCAAAGGAAAUCUCACCCAUUUCCUGCCUCUUGCCAACUGGACAUCCCGUCAAAAUCCACAAACUUCGUUAAAGAUAUUAACCAAUCAAAAAGGAGAAAUCGUGAAACGCUAUAGCAUCGAGCAAUUGCUGGAAUUUGAACCGCAGCCUGAGGAACUUGAAAACCCUACUUUAGAUGAGGCUAUACUUCGUUUGGGUUUUCUAUGCAUUUGAUACGAAUAUCGUUUUUUCUCCAGGAAUUUCUUCUACUUCUUCUUUGAUUCGCACUCUUUCAGUUUGUAAUUAAAUCUGUAAUUUGUAAUUCUCUUUCAUUUUAACCAUAUUCCAUUGAAGAGUUUCUAUUGUCAGCUGAAUUGUUAUUAUGUGAAGGAGCUGAAGAAAAAAUUCCAAUUCUAAGGUGUAGAAAUUAAAAGAAGCAUUGUGAUUCGGCUAUUAUUUAAAUGUCCAAAGGGGGAAAUAAAUACCACUGUCAUGUCGUCUAUU